AACGUUGAUUUCAACGGGAUUACAACGAGAAGAAAGACGAGAAACGAUUAAUGAUGUUGCAGAUGAAAUCUUAAAGGACUUGCUGUUUAUUUACCUGCUGUGCAAUUCUGCAGGGAUUGCCUCAGGAUUUUUUGUAAUCUCUUAUUUCUAAAUUAUGUCAUCAGAAAAGUCCAAGAUGGAUUCCGAUGUGGAAUCAAAAGUUGCCCAAAACAGACACAGUCAGUGGGUGAAGCUGAAUGUUGGUGGGACUGUGUUUUUGACGACUAGAACCACCCUAUGUAGAGACCCCAAAUCCUUCCUGUAUAGACUUAUACAAGACGAACCAGACCUUAACUCAGACAAGGAUGAGAAUGGUGCUUAUCUGAUUGACCGGGACCCUACUUACUUUGGGCCUGUCCUGAAUUACCUCCGACACGGAAAACUAGUGCUGAACAAAGACCUGGCAGAUGAAGGUGUGUUAGAGGAGGCAGAAUUCUACAAUAUAACAGACUUAAUAAAGCUCGUUAAAGAAAAAAUCAAAGAGAGGGAUGCUAAACAGAAUCAGUCCAGCACCAAAAGUGUGUACCGAGUUCUACAAUGUUCAGAAGAGGAACUCACUCAGAUAGUCUCAGCUAUGUCAGAUGGCUGGAAGUUUGAACAGUUGGUGAACAUUGGAUCCCAGUAUAAUUAUGGAAGUGAAGAUCAUGCUGAAUUUCUUUGUGUAGUCUCUAAAGAAUGUCCCAAUAUUCUCAAUGGCCAGGAGUCAGAACCCUCAGAGAAAGCCAAGGUGUUACAACAGAAAGGUUCACGGAUGUGAGACCGCCACAUGUAGUCGAGUGUAAAUCUGUCGACAUCUCAUCACACGGACCAACGCAUCAGACAGGGUCACAGUCAUAAGGCACCUGUCCCCAGACCUCUCCCAUCUCUCCAGACAUCCCCCUCCCCUUUGGUGCAAUAAUUACCAAAAUUUAUUCCAGAGUUUCUCCUUAAACCUCAGUUCAGGAGACCUGCCCUAUUUUAUUGAGUCAGAACUUAGAAUUUUAUGUGUGAGAUUUUUAUCUACAGUUACAUAAGAGGAACAUAACCAUCGUACUGUCUGUGGUUUACAAUACCAGGCAUGUUUUCCAAGUCUUUGUUAAGAGUUGCAUAACAUAAGGUAGAUUUAUCUCAAAAUUAUGUCAUAUGAUUUUUGUUUGAAAAAGUUUAAUUAACCUCAAGUUUUGGAUCAGAUCCUAGUUCAUAACAAUUGCAACUCAGUCUAGGUGGAAAUUUUUUUUGACAGUUUUUUUUCUAAAUUCAACAUGAGCUGAAGUGUUCUUACAUUGUGGCAUCUUUUGAUUUCAUACGUUCAUUUUACUUAAGGUAUCGCUUUCAUUUAGGACAUAAAUAACAGUCUAUGGUAUAUACAUGUAUUAUUCUCUUAUCCCAGGUAGAGCAUUAGGAGAGUUUUCUGUGUAUGUAAUACGUGAAUUGUUGUCAGUAUAUGAUAUAUAUAGACAGUAGGUGUUAUGCAUGGUACAGUAUAUGCCCAUUAUUUGUUACCUAUAGACACCAGAGGUCCUUUUGUGCUUUUAUGACUGGUUCUUGGCAUUGUAAGGAUUUUGAAGCCUUUUCUUGUAUUAUAUACCUUUGAUAAAAAUGCCUUUCAUUUACUAUAGCUCUAUUUUACUUAUGUAGAUAUGGUUUAAGAGCAUUUUGAACCUUUUUUUAAAAAAAUUGCACAAAGAAAGUUUAUUUUUUAACUUUGCAAGUUUUACAUUGUGACAAAUGAUAUUGUAUAGCUUGGAUAAAGUUGAGUUUUAUGAUCCAUAUUUGUUCUCUUGAAAAACAGUCUGAAAUGUAGCCUUAGAAUAUUCAGAAUAUGGAGAUAUUGGUUGAAAAUUUCAGUUUCCAUGUAUUCUGUAAUAUUAAAAAUUUGUCAAAAUUUCCCAGGUACUUAAAUAAGCACAGGUAUGAUUAUGUAUAUGCAGAACUGUUCAUAAUUUGGACCAGAUGGCUGCCAUGAAAAUUAUACACUUUAAAACAUGUCUCAUCUAGAGGUCAGGAUUAUCUUCCAUCUUGUAGGAAGAGCAGUAUCUCAGUUUUGCAAAUACCAAAGAUUUUUGAUUUUGACAAGUUUUAAUUUCAUAUAUAGGCUUAACUUAGAUAUAUUUGCCAAGCUUUGAAGCAAAUUAUAGUGAAAAGAAAACCAGCAUAUGUCUGUUGAGAAAUUUCUUGCUUGUUCAAGAAAUUUAACAAUCAACGAAAAUGUUAGCAAGAUAAAUAGGAUGUUCAAUCGCUAUGAAAGUUUUUGACUUCUGAAGAGGGUCAACAAGGUUUUUUUCAUGCAGGUGUAAGAAUCUAACCUCCUUUUUAUUUAAUUUUUUUUACACCAAUUCGAUUGUGUAUCGUUACGUGAUGUGGCUAUGGUCUCUGCUGUUGUGUGUGCCUUUUUUGACAACAUUAAGUCACUGUCAUCUCCAUAAUAAGUCUACUCUCUUGUAUUAUCAACAUUUAUAUGGCAUACAAACCCACCUGAUUUAGAUCACUGGUCAGACUUUAGAACUGAUGUAAAAGAUGGAAGCUUAAAGCAGGCUUGAACUGUACUGUGGUUAAAUAUUCUGUGUCAUUAUAUAUUUAUAAAUUAUUUCAUAUACAGUAUUUAUAAGUAUUAUUGAAGGUUGUAUAUUGAUAUUUAACACCAUAAUUACAUGUUAGUGUAUUGUAAAAUUGGGAACUAUGCAAAUCCCAGACAUGAUGUAGAUUUGAAGCUUUUGAUGUUCUGUCAGGAUGAUGCUGGACAUUGUGUUAUCCCCGUUUGUAUAUCAUGUCUGUGUUGCCUCCCUUUGACUAUGCUACCUUUUAACACCCCCCCCCUCCCCCCAGAUAGCUUUACUAGGACAUAGAACUAUACAAGCUAGGCUUCCUCUUGAUAUUGAGUGUUCAUCUGUACACAUGUUGCAUAAGUCCAGAUUAUGAACAAAAAUCUAGCUGAAAUUCUUGAAAUUUGUGAAAGUUCUCAAUGUGAUGAAUUUUUAAAGUAUUGUUACCCUGAAAUGUGAGACUGAUGUACAGAUUUGAUUGGCAGCACAUUUUUACCCCAUUGUGACAUGUGUAUAAAUGUCCGUAUGCAUAGAAAUAAUUGACUUUGUAUUUUAUUGUAUCUGAGUAGCACAUUGUAUAAUAUAUGAUAUCUUUACCUGACCAUUUGGAAAACAUUCUGAUUAAAUUAUGAAUGUAUA